GCUCUAGCGGACGAGGCAAGUUGGUCCAAGAGCGGCCCGCGGCCCACAUCGUGGUUCUCUUCUGCCACCUCAAGGCUCCAGCCUCCAGCGUCCGGUCGCCGCCACCGCUCGCUUAGCAUCCUCCCCCAAACCCCGGCGCGGCAUCCUGCCGGUGGGCUGGUGCUCGUGCGCCGGCCGCGGCUGCUGAGGGGCUCAGACGAGGCGAGGCGGAGUGGGCGAGAGAGCGCGAUGGCAUCGCUGGGGCGGCUCAAAUCCGCCAUCUUCGACAGGGAGGAGAGGAGGAUGCAGUACCAGUCACACAUCCGGGGGCUCAACACGUACGAUCGCCAUAAGAAGUUCAUGAAGGAUUACGUUGCAUUUUAUGGCCAUGAGAAAAAUGUGGAUAACAGUCUGCCCAUCAAAACUGAUAAAGAUACAUUGAGAGAAGGAUACAGGUUCAUUCUUUCCGAGGAAGAUGACAUGGAUUCAACUUGGGAGAAGAGGCUGGUCAAACGUUACUAUGACAAGCUUUUUAAAGAGUAUUGCAUUGCUGACAUGACCGAGUUUAAAAAAGGCAAGAUUGGAUUGAGAUGGAGAACAGAAAAGGAAGUGAUAUCUGGCAAAGGGCAAUUUAUCUGUGGCAAUAGAUGUUGUGAUGAAAAACAUGGGCUAGGUAGUUAUGAGGUGAAUUUUUCUUAUGUUGAAGCAGGGGAGCAGAAACAAGCACUAGUGAAGCUGGUAGCUUGCAAGAGAUGUGCAGAAAAGCUUGCUUAUAAGAGGCUGAAGGAGAAAGAGAAAGAGAAGGAGGAGAAUCCCUACGGUGAAAAGGAAAUUGAGUUGAAAGACAGGGACAAGAGAAAGAGAGAACAUGAAGAAAGUGAUGAUACCUCUGAGGAUGAGGCCAGGAAAGAUAGAAGAAAGAAAAAAGGUCGGAAGGGAGCUUCUUCAAGGAGUUCAGCAAACAAGGAUGAAGGUUUCGAAGAGUUCCUCGAAGGCAUGUUCCCAUGAUCUGGUUAUCUUAGUGGCUACAAAAGGUUCUUCCAUGCUCUUUCGGGGAAAAAACGAGCACGGAUCUUGUAAUAAAGCCAUUCGUAGUGGAGUAGCAAGUCGUUGCAAAUCCGACCCUUGAUGUGCUUUGACUACAAGUCAAUGUAGGUGCGCUAUCUGUAAUUAUGUGUGCCCGUGUUGUUUCAUUUUCACAUCGCGUUAGUAGCUGUUAGAGAUGCCUGUUACUCUGUUAGUCAAAGAAAAAUGAAUGUAACUACUCGUGGGUCUACUUUAGUGUUACACUGAAGGAGUGAAGGACAAUUCCAGCAAACAUUGACUUCUGUA